GCCGUCGGCAGUCUCGUUACGCAUGCCUGGGCGACGGCGGGAAACCACGGAAUUUACCGCCGGAAGUGCGCCGGCCAUCACCAAAGAGUGCGAGCUCGGGUAGCUUGCUAGAGGGGCUCGCUUCCGCCCCGCUACCGGGUGGGGGGCGGCCAUCUUAGGUGCGUGCAAUUAAAGGCUGUGGCGGGAUUGGUUCCGCAUCUGGGCUCCUCCGCUGCUCCCCACCUACCAGGGUCGGAUCCGGAGCCCUUCCCCGUGGGGCGGGGACCUCCUAACGGCCGACUCCUUUCCAGGUGAAGGGUGACCCGGCUGAAGAAACACUUAAAUUCUGGAAAUAGCAACCGAGUAUCAUGGCCAGCAGCCUUAAUGAAGAUCCAGAAGGAAGCAGAAUCACUUAUGUGAAAGGAGACCUUUUUGCAUGCCCCAAAACAGACUCUUUAGCCCACUGUAUCAGUGAGGAUUGUCGCAUGGGCGCUGGGAUAGCCGUUCUCUUCAAGAAGAAAUUUGGAGGGGUGCAAGAACUGUUAAAUCAGCAAAAGAAAUCUGGAGAAGUGGCUGUUCUGAAGAGAGAUGGGCGAUAUAUAUAUUACUUGAUUACAAAGAAAAGGGCUUCACACAAGCCAACUUAUGAAAACUUGCAAAAGAGUUUAGAGGCCAUGAAGUCUCACUGUCUGAAGAAUGGAGUCACGGACCUCUCCAUGCCCAGGAUUGGAUGUGGUCUUGAUCGUCUGCAGUGGGAAAAUGUAUCUGCGAUGAUCGAGGAGGUAUUUGAAGCAACAGACAUCAAAAUUACCGUGUAUACACUCUGAACAGAUGAACAUUUUGGAUGUGUCCAUGUUCUCCUGUAUCAUACCUUAUGGGCCAUAGGACUGGGCAAACUGACCUUAAAAUGGGCAGAGGAGUUUCCUGUGAAAUAGUCUGUGUCACAGGACAGCCUUGGGUUGCUAUAUUCCAGUAUUUGAACUAGGACUCUGGAGGAGGGAUUGCUUUGGGCAUGUUGUGUUUUUUUGCAGAAAGGUAAGGAGUAGGUAUCCUGAUAAUAGGCAAGGAAACCAGACAGUUGGGCCUAUGACGUCUGUUUUGCUUCAGUAUGCUACCUGAUUUGUUUAGCUGGCCACUGGGUGGCAGCAUUGAUUAUGCUUCUCUGCUUUUUAAGAGGAAUUUCAGGAAGGAUGAUCAUUUUAGUUAGUUUGGAAUUUUUUGUCAUUUGUACACUUAACUUGGUAUUAUCCUUAUGUCAUUAUAUUCACCCUAGGAGAGAGUUACAGGUUGUUUUGUUUUUGUUUUAAUUACAAAUUGAGUUCUACAUUGCUAACCAG